AUUAGAGUUAAUAAUUAGUUAAAUACAAGAAAUUUAUAAACCAAAAAAUGAAGGGAGUAAUAUUGCUCAUAAUUUCCCUUAUACUUGCUUUAGGAAUUGCAGAAGCAACCCUAUCAACACCCAAACAUAAGCCUAUGAAAGUGAGGUGCAAAAACAAGUACACGCGUUGUUAUAAUAAACAAAUGUACUGUCCAUCUUCGUGUCCUCGCACUUGUUCAGUCGACUGUAACAAGUGCCAGGCCGUCUGUGGACCUGAAACACAAAUUCCGCCACCACCACCAAAGGUUCAAAAGUCGAAGAAGGUGGAGUGCAAGGAUAAAAGGUUUCGUGCUUGCUAUAACAGGCCACUUUACUGUCCUGCUGCUUGUCCGAGUUCUUGUACUGUUGAUUGUGCAACCUGUCAGCCUGUUUGUAGUGCACUGAAUCCAAGUACUCGUCCUAAGCGUGUUAGAUGUUUGAAUAAGAAUUACCCCGCGUGUUAUUAUAGAGAGUUUACUUGUCCUGCGGCUUGUCCUCAGACUUGUCAGGUUGAUAGUGUUACUUGCAGCCCUGUUUGCGAUUGCAACAAACCGGGAGCAGUGUGCCAGGAUCCAAGAUUCAUAGGAGCAGAUGGCAUAACAUUCUACUUCCACGGAGAAAAAGACCAAGAUUUCUGUCUUGUUACAGACUCCAAUCUCCACAUAAACGCUCAUUUGAUAGGAAAACAUGAAUCCAACAUGGGAAGAGACUUCACUUGGGUUCAAUCCUUAGGCAUCCUUUUCGACCACCAUAAGCUUUACAUCGGUGCACUCAAGACCUCCACAUGGAACGAUGCCAUGGACCGUCUUUCCAUCUCCCUCGACUACCAACCCAUUCGCAUACCAGAAAUCGAGGGUGCCAGAUGGAAUGCAACGAUUAGUGGACUAACCAUUACAAGGUCAAGGGCUACGAAUGCAGUGGUGGUUGAGGCGGAAGGUAAUUUCAAGAUCAAGGCCGCAGUGGUUCCAAUAACAGAGAAAGAAUCGAUGAUACACAAGUAUGGUAUUAUCCCUGAACAGGAUUGCUUUGCACAUCUUGAUUUGAGCUUCAAGUUUUACUCAUUGAGUGAUGAUGUGAAUGGUGUUUUAGGCCAAACUUAUGCUAGUAAUUAUGUGAGCCGGGUCAAAAUGGGUGUAGUGAAUCCUGUUCUUGGUGGGGAAAGGGAAUUCCAUUCCUCUGGAUUGUUUGCUACUGAUUGUGCUGUUGCUAACUUCAAUGGGAAUGGGAAUCAUUCAAUAGGAAUGGAGUUCGGUGAUCUUAACUGUGCUUCUGGUACUAGUGGAAGGGGAGUUGUCUGCAAGCGUUGAUUAAUUAAUUUACUUUAAAAAUUAAGGUCAUAUAUGUGAUUGUUUGAUGGGUUAUAUUUUGUUUUCACUUAAUGGUUUGAUAAUCUUGUAUGCUUUGUAAACCAAUAUGUAAAAGGCUAAUACGCAAAA